ACUUAGCAAAAACGUUAUUUACAAAACGCAUAAAACAUUUUGUAAACUGUUACCAACCUUUCUUAUUAUCAUUUUUUCUUCCUCUUGAAAAGGAUUUAUUUCUAUAACGUAUACAUAUUUCUGAUGCUUCCCACUUCUUCAAGUUCAAGUACUUGCUAUCUGUCUUUAGCAAAUUUAUCACGCAUGCUUUGAAGUCGAAGAAACGAGCGUUCAUUAAUCAACUUCUGCGUUGAAAAUAUAUAUAUAUAUAUAUAUAUAUAAAUUAUUUAUUACUUGAAUUAGAAUUCAGCUUAUAUACUUGAUUUUUCCCCUCUGUUAAUCCUUGUUUGAAUUAGCUAUUCCAAGUCUGUUAGUUUCAUCUUAGCUUAUGGAAUUCAAGUGACACGAAUUGAAACAAAAAAAUUUCUAGAAGUCCUCCUUUUUUUUUCAUUUCUAGUCUCGUCUAAUCCUGUCUCUGUCACCGCAAGUUGUUUGUGUUUUCCUUUUCAAUUUUUCGUGAAGGUAUAACUUGAAGCUUUUUUUCUCUUUGACAGCCAUCAGUAUCGAUUGAUGUGUAAAGAUUGUUUAUGCAAAAAAGUAGUAAUUCAGAGUUUUUGGAGCACAAGUCGUCGAGUCAGCAAGCAUACCCUUUACGUUCGGUAGCCCAUUCUCCAGUGCGAUUCUCUUCUUCCAGUAAUGAUUUGAACCAUAUUAAACGAUCAAAAAAUAGCUUGGAAGAUAAAAAUGAGCGAAUAAAGAAUUCAUCUGAAAAUAACGAUACACCUACCAAUGAAAACAAUGGUCUAAGUUUGACACAGCUAUUUGAGGUCCCUACGCAAGAUGUUGGACCGGAAGAUAAAGAAUCGACGUCUUCUAAUUCUUCUGACGAUGAGAUUAUUAUUCAAAACCCUUCUAAUGGAUCCCAUAAAGCUUCCACACCAAAUCGAGCCGAUCGUGUGUUGGAGCAGCUUUAUAACCAACAAGGAGUCCUUAGCCAACAGAACAAAAUUGCAUCUCCUCAGAGUUUUCCUAAUUCUCCUGAGUUGCUCUCACCACCUGGAUCUGCGUUUCCUGGUUCUAUGACUUCCACUUUGAAAGAUACUCCUGCACCCCAUUCUUCAAAUGAACAGGCUACAGGAAAUAUACUUGAGGAUGUUUUAGUUCCAGACACGGUCACUCAAGAACGAAGAUACUACGAUUAUCCUGUUGGAUCAUUCGAGAGUGAGGCUGAUGCAGCUCAAAUAGAAUCAACACCUACACGACAUUCUGUCAAGGUACAGCAACUUCCUAUAAUUACUGGUAUUGAAUCAACUCCUCCGGCAAAAUUUGUACCAACUGAAGGUGAUCAUGAAACCGAUGGAGAAACUACAUCAAGAGUACGGCAUACAAAGAAUGUCAUAUCCGAAACUCCCACUUCAAAUCGAAUCUCGACGGAUAAAGGAAUUACAACCACUGAAAAAAGGAAAACUAAUUAUAACGCUGAAAGAGAAUUACCUAACCAUUCACCUCCUAAGACUGAAUUCAAUAUCCCUAAUAAACGUUACAGAAAAAUCAAUAAAGUAUCUUCCUAUUCAAAUUUAAAAACAAUUGAUGAUAGCAAGAACAAAGAGAUCGCUAAUUCGCCCGAGUUGGAGAUGAAACCAGAGUACGAAAAUGAAAAGUCCAAUGCAGAAAAAUUGAGAUAUCUUCUCCCUAACUUAGAAAAACCUAUUAACAAUAUCCUUAAAGUUGAAAAUCGUGUACUGGCUUUCUUUAAGGGUUAUCCUGCUUUCUAUUAUCCCGCAACUGUUCUUUCUCAAACAGUGUCAUCAGCUUCUGGAAUUCCUCAGUUUAGGAUACAGUUUGAUGAUUAUACUACCAGCACUGUUAAUAUUAAUCAGUUAAAACGGUUUGAACUGAAGAAAGGGGAUGUUGUUCGGUCCACUGCUUUGAAAUUAAACCAUAGUGUUUUACGAACCUAUAGUUCGUCGACUGAAAAUAUAUCCGUCACUUGCACAGACAUUUUUGGAAAUGACAUGGUACUAUUAAGGGUAGAUAAAAACGGUGAUGUUGCUGUACCGAUGUCCACAAUUUACCUAAUACCUUCGCAAAUCAGGAAAUUUAAGGAUCGUGAUUUUCAGCAUGUCCCUGAACAAAAGUCGGAAAUAGAUAUUCAUUCCUUACCUCCUUCUUCGAAUUCCAGAAAGCGCCUUUCGGGUUCUUACGUCGUUGGUGAUGAUAAUGAAAAAGCAUACCAGAUAUCCACUCAAAGUGCUAACACUUCAAUAUUUCAUACUUGUGUUUUUGUGUUUACCGGACUGAAUACGGUUGAUGAUAAUGAACGCUCCCUUUUAAUAAAUCUGGUAAAACAGAACGGUGGUGCUGUACUUGAAGAAGGCUUAAGUGCUUUGUUUUGUAAUUAUUACAAUGGAAAAGGAAAAAUAUUUUUUCCUUUGAAACCACAUAAAAGGUCGCAGUCUUGGAAGUAUGCUUUCCUAAUUUCAGACACUCAUUCUAGAAAAGUAAAAUAUCUAGAGGCUCUAGCAUUGAACCUUCCCUGUGUACAUCCAAGGUUUAUAACAAUUUGUGUGCAAAAACAGAAGAUGGUUGAUUUUUCGCCCUUCUUACUGGCAGCCGGUUACUCGAGACGCCUAAAUACGAUUUUAUCACAGCGAGUAGGACCUUACCAAGAUUCUACUUUGUGCGAUCACUUACAUAAUAAUAUUGGCCCUUUAUCUGGUAAAAGAAUACUGUUUUUAUUACCAAACAUUAACUUUUCUAGAAAUGGUGUUGUUAAUGAUGAGUAUUCUCAGAGGGUAUUAGCUCAUAUGUUUCAAGCGCUUGCUUUAGGAGCCGAAGUGGAAUAUAGAAAUUCCUUAACGAAGAUAAAUUUUCAUUGGGAUAUAAUUGUUUCUAAUCCUGAAUAUGGAAAUUUGGAUACGACAGUUCCUGUCGUUGAUUUCGAAUGGAUUAUAGAAUGCGUCAUAAGCUAUUCCGAUGUACUAAAUUCAUAGAUGUAUGGUUGUAUAUUAUGGGGAAGAUUAUGUGUUUGGAUAAUUUUCUUCCCCUUGUUUUUGGUCUUGAUUUCGGGUUGUUAUAUCGUUUUGCUUUCUUGUUUUGAGUUUUUUCUUUCCUCCUUUUUAUUUAUGACAACGACAAUCUCAAUCUUUCACCUUAAUCCAUUCACAUAUGUAGAUAUUAUUUUUUCUUUUUUCUAGGUUGUAAUACGUUCAAUGUUUGACAUGGUUCCCGUUCUCGCUUUUUGAGAGGAGUAGGUUCGACAAUUCCGUCGAUUUUUUGAGAAACUCUUUCCUUAGUAAAGCCAUCCAACCUUUGUAUGGCUGCUAUGGUUUCAUUAAAAAAGGUUUUUGUAGAUUGAGAGGCAAUCGAAGGAGAACGAAAAGAAUGUUUCAAAAGAGAGUCAUAAAUAAUGCGAUAUAGUUUAGGAGGUAAAACGAGUCCAAAGUCAGAAGUCCUUUCUUCAAAGGGUUCGGCUUGUUCAGGACAUUUUGGUAAAUUUAAAGUAUAGAAACCAACCAAUUUUCCUGAGCAACAUUCUUGGCGGAACGACAAGGUAUCCCAAAAUUCGGCGACACUGAUUUCGCUUCGCUGAUCUUGGAGUUCAUAAAGGUAUCUGGCCUUGGGAUCAUCUGGGUAUCGCGGAAUCAUGUCUAUGGCUUUCCCAUGUUGUAUAGCCGUUCCUUGUUUCCAAAAGCUAUUUGGGAGAUAGGAUCGAAGAGACGGGAGUCCAGGCACGAACAUGAAUGCCGAAUGAUUUUCUGUUUUUGGAGAAGACCUUUCUGUCGAAAUUUUUUCUGUUUCCUCCUUAUUUUGUUUUUCUUGUGGACUAUAGUCUUUCCGUAUUGUCUCUAGACAUUUGACCCACCAGUGUAAAAGUCCGGUAUCCGACAAAACGCGUUUGUGUCCGUUUUCAGAGGAUUCUGGAAAUAGAUAUUGACCUUGAGAAAUAGCGAAUAAGGUCACUUCGACUUCCACAGCACCCUCUUUGUAUUGAGUAUUAAUCACUGUUUCUAUGGCAGAGGCUGCAAGACCACUUGAAGAAGCCGAAUGUGUUCCUAAUCCAGUAGAAUCCACUUUAGCGACGAAAAUGAUACUUUUAUUUAAUUUUUUAUAGACUACACAUUCCAAUCCAAAGACCAAUACAUCAUUCUCUUUCACUAGAAAGAGAUGACUGGCAAAUUUAAAGUCCUUGGAUUUUGAGCUUUUUCCAUACAAAUUAUGACAUUUCUCAUAUUCACUUUGCAAGUAAUAAACGGUUAAUGACUUACCGAC